AUGGAGGUUGAAACACUAUCUAAUUGCAAUAUUGGAAUGAUUGGUACAGGGCCGCCAGGUGCUAAUGGAGAUAUGACUUCAGAAGUUCAAGAUCGGCUUACAAACGAAGGUUUAUCAAGUGCACCAUCGACAGAUUUAAAAGAAGACAUGUUAUUAUUGAAAGAAAGGGAAAGAAAGUUUUCAUCUGUAGGUGCUCAAAAGCCUCAGGGAUCAAAUAAGAAGACAGACAUGAAAAUAUUGGCGGAUGGUAAAGUAAUGAAAGUACAGAGGGCAAGACAAAGAAAAAUUUUGAGUUGCGUUUAUUGUCAUUCGAAGAAGAUUAAAUGUUCACGAGUACGCCCUAUGUGUAAUAACUGUGAUAAGCUAGGUAUUGAUUGCAAGUACUUCAUAAACGAAAGGGUUAGUAGAGGGGGUAAAAAGUCUUCGAAACUUGAAGGCAGCGAUGAAAAGGAAGAGAUUUCUGAUAUGAAGAGAGGCUCCACUUCGUCAGGAUCUCCUGGAUUAAGCUUCGAUCAUGGUAAUGGUAGUUCUGAUUCUGAUAAUAUGGACAAGUCUCCUAUGUCUCAGUUAACUACAAGUGCUAGUGAAGUUUCAGAACUUACCAAGGCUUCGACUGUCCCUGAGCUUUCUCUCAACUAUUUGAAUUUAAAUUUGGAGGGGUUUCCUCAUAACUAUAGCUCCAAAUCUACAAAUUCAAAUGGAUAUUCGAACAACAAUCAAUCAUCAGGAAUAUCCAACAGUGUAUUACAGACACCCAUCUUAAACAAUACGACAAACAAUAUGUCGAACAAAUUUUUUAAUGUUGCCAAUUCUAAUGCAUCACAGCCUGCUGGAGCUGUGAAUGCAGAGGAACAGUUAAGUUUUAAUCUUAACUCGUUCAAUUUUCCAAAUAACAACAAUUCUGUAAUUAAUUCUCCUGAGCAACAAUCAUCCAAUCAUCAACUUAACGUUGCUUCAUUAUUUGCUAAAUCUCCAAAUUACAUUGAAAAUUCUCAUGUCCCUCCAACCAACAGAAGCGGCGACACAAAUGCUCACAACGAGUCGUCUCCAUUGACUCAAUCAAAGGCUCCUUCAAAUCCUGGUUUGCACAGCUCUUUAAAUGCUUAUUCUUCAAACCCUGCCACAACUACUAAUUAUUUGUACGGUACGAACACAUACUAUGACAAUGAAAAUUUGCUUGAUGAUUUGCUUAAGCAUAUACCUUCUAAGGAAAGAUCAUACGAAUUGUUGAAUCGGUAUAUCAAUUCAGUUCAUAUUCUUUUACCAAUCAUGAUUAACUUAUUUGAUUUCAUCAAAAUUCAUGACAAAUAUUGGGAGCUAGCCUCAAACAACUUCAAUUCUUCUGAAACUGCGUCAAAUUCAAGCUCAAAUGGAAGUCCCUCUGGUGAUUCACCGGAUUUUGAUCUUUUGCAAUUUUACACUUUAUAUUUCCCGCUAUUAUAUGCUUCAACUAUAUCUGAAUUCGAGGAAUACGAUAAUCUACUUCUAAACCAGGAUAUCAAUAAAUAUUUGAAAUCGUUCAACAUGAUUUGCCAAUACUAUAACUAUCCACAUGGUUUGAAGACGAUACCACUUUUGUUAGGUAAUGUCAUCAUUCAAUCAACGUCCCCAAAUCCUUCUACCAUGGAGAUGUCACAAAUUAUCAGAUAUGCAAAGUUUCUUCAACUACACAAGGACCCUAUUAUAACUUUAAGAAUCAACGAUUGGGAAGUUGUUAAGUUCAGAAGAUUAUUAUGGUGGAUCAUAUUUGGGUUAGACGCUUUGUCUAGUCACAAUUUUUGCCUACCGCCAGUUUGUAGAUUCGAUGAUUUUAAUGUCUUGAUGCCAGAUGAAGAAGAACCAGUUUUCAAUGAAAAUGGUGUCGUUGUUGAUAAAAAAUUAAAUGCAGCUGUUUUAUCUCUUUGCAUAAAGUUCAGAUAUGACAGAAUUCUAAGCGAACUUGUAUACGAGUUGCAUAAUGGAUUAUCUGCCAACAUUACUAAAUCGAAAAAGGAAGAAAUCAAACAAAUGAUACUUGAUCUAUUUGGUGAUACUAAUAAGGCGAUGAAUAAAAUGACCGCCUUUUACAAGGCGAAUCCUCCAGCCACUGUACAUGAAAUGAAUGUGGUUAAUUUCAUUAAAAAUCAUUCCUGGAGUUUUGUUGACAGAGCAUUAAUGUUGUUGCAUAAGAAAAUUUUGCUCACUGAUAAUAACAAAAAUGAACAAAGAUAUGAAUUCAAUUUGAUUGAAAACAGAGGUGGUGCUUUGUCAUUUAGUAAGUUCGAAGAUACUUUUGGACGCUGCCCAGAGGCAAAUAUCGUCGUUAAUUUCAACAAUUCUUCUAUUGCGCAACUAAAGUUCAAUCAAUUUGGAACCUUUUCUUAUGAUAACCUACAUAAUAAUUUGAUUCCUUCGAUUCUUCACAAUCUCAAUGAUUUCUUGAAAUAUAAUGAUUUCAUAAAAUAUGGAAAAUUUAAUUGGUAUAUUAAAAGAACGAUACCAAUUGAUUCGAUUAUUUUGUUGUUUAUUAUCAUUUGUGUUAAGUUUAAAUAUGAAUUCAUGUCCUUGAAUGAAUUGGUAAUUUACGUGAACCUUAUAAACAAGGGUUUAUACAUCUUGAAUCGUAAAUGGUUCAAGAAUGAAAAAUACAAAAGAAUGUUGUCAUUAACGAAUCUCACUUGGGAGUAUAUUUUGAAGAAGUACAACGUGGUGUCACUAAUUAGCUCAUAUAAUGGGUCAAUUGAGAGCAAGAAUAAGCCCGAGUUCUUCGAUUACCAAGUUACAGGAUAUAUGAACAUGAGCGAGCUUUUCAGUAUAAUGAAUGUUCCUCAACCUGUUUUUCAAGACAAUCGCAAGAUUGAAUUCAAAACGUCCAGAUCUUCUUCCGAUGUUCUACAAAAACCGAAGGAUGGUCCUUCCGCUGCGGAGCUAGAAAAAUCCUCAUUCUUUCCUAAUACAAUGAUCCAAUCCUAUGCUAGUGACUCGACCGACUCAACCAGUGAGUUAUCGCAAUUGAACGAAAAAAUUUACUACGACUUGAGAAAUAAUUUUGUUGAUAUAAACGACUACUGUGCUUUCUAUUCUUCAUUAGAAAAUAUCUUGCAUGAACUAAUGGACUAUAUCCACAAAGAUUGA